AUGCAUUCCGAGACAAAAUUCAACUUUUGGCAUAGAGGCGCUAACAAGACAAAAGAACAUCCCAACGGAGGAUACGCACAGCAAGGGCCUCCAGGUGGUCCGCCCCAGGGCUAUCAGCAACCCCCGCCACUACCUCAUGGCGCUUCUCAAUAUCCCCCUCAGCAAGGCCAAUACCCUCCACAGCCAUAUGGCGCUCCUCCACAGGGCCAACAUCCCCAUCAGCAAGGCUACUACGGUUCCCCUCCACCACAGGGCCCACCACCGGGCGGCUUUCACGCCCCUCCUUACGUCGCACCCCAGCAACCUCCCUAUGGCUAUGCCCCUCAGAACCAGCGACCCCCCGGCGCGCCUGGAUACCCGCCCCAGGGUCCGGCACCGGGUGCAUAUGGAGCUCCUCCCCAAGGUGUCCCCUCAAUGCCUUCCCUGGGCUACAUUCCAGGUACAGUAGCACCCGGCGACUUCCGGCCCCAAGCAGACGCGCUGCGCAAAGCGAUGAAGGGCUUCGGCACCGACGAAAAGGCACUGAUCGCAAUCCUCGCACCCCUCGACCCGCUCCAGGUCGCUGCAGUCCGCAGCACAUUUUCAAAUCAUCUCGGCCGGGACUUGAUGAAGGAUGUCAAAUCCGAGACUAGCGGGUACUUCGAAGCCGGAUUAGUAGCCGUGAUCGAGGGGCCGCUCAUGCAUGAUGUCGAGAGCGUACACUCCGCAAUCGACGGUCUCGGCACGAAGGAAUGGCUCCUCAACGACGUCCUGCUGGGUCGGUCCAAUGCCGACAUGAACGCCAUCAAAACCGCAUACGAGAUGCGGUAUAGGCGCUCGCUUGCCAGAGACGUCGCGGACGAUCUCUCCUUUGGAACUUCCGACCUCUUCGCUGCUGCUAUUCGCGCGACCCGCAAUGAGGAAUCAAUGCCUGUUAACCCGCAAACCAUCGAGGCGGAUAUCCGCUCCUUGUCAACCAAGAACGUAAAAGAUGUAUGCGCCAUUUUUGCCCGGUCUUCUGAUGCCGAGAUCCGCGCUAUCAGUCAGACUUUCGAAUCGCGCUACAACGAGUCUCUUGAGAAGCACAUCGAAAGGAAAUUCUCUGGUCAUAUGGAGGAUGCGCUGCUUCAUAUGCUCCGUACGGCUACGGAUCCUGCUAUGCGAGACGCCAUUCUGCUAGAAGAAUGUAUGAGUGGCAUGGGCACCAAGGAUCAACGUCUUGUUGUUCGCGUUGUUCGAGCACACUGGGAUCGAAACCAUAAGGAGAAGGUGAAGCGUGCUUACCAUCACAAGUUCCGGAAAAAUUUGGUGGACCGUGUGCGUGGGGAGACUUCUGGUGAUUAUGGGCGGUUGAUGGCUGCUCUUCUUGAGUCUUGA